UCUAGCUGGUAUAGGAUACCCCUAGUAAAGCGUAUAAUGGCUAACAAAGCUGCAUUACAGUGGAACAAGCAAAGAGCUACUUUGCAUGCAAACCAUGGACUCCAAAUAACCCUAUCAACAAGUUGCUCAGUUGCAACAAGAGCAACUGAAGAUGCUGGACAGAAGGUGGAUGGUCAUGGUGUAGUGUUCACUAAUCCGGUACCAGAGGGUGGCAUGCUGAGAGUUGCAGUGCUAGAACAUAAUGAACUUUUCAAAGGAGGGCCGGGUGUCUUCCUUACCACUGAAAAUCCGAAAACCUCGAGCCUCACUAAGGCAUGGAUGGCCACUACCUUGGAUGCACCUGGACAGUCACAGCUCAUUGGAGUUUUCAAUAAUAAAAUAUUUUAUGGAGGCAGGCCACUGGGUGCAAGAAAAAACUUGUCAAAAUCUACCGAAUCUCUAAAGAGUGGUGACUCUGUUGGUAUCAGGCUAGUCCAAGGAAACAAGCUGGAGCUGUACUAUAAUGACAGGUUGUUCAACACAUUUUCACUGGAGAAUGGAUACCCACAGAAGACGCCAAUGUGGGGAGUGGUGGAUGUGUACGGAAGCUGCGUCAAAGUGAAAGCUGAUGUUUGGACUCAGUUUCAUGCACCAAGCACAGACACUCCACAGCGUCUGAAGAAAGGUGCUUCCCUGAACAGUUCUCCAACACAGCAAAUUAAACAGCUACAAAAGCAGCUUGACAACGAACGAGCAACUUUUGCGGUCGAGAAAGUGAGGCUUAUGAAAGAGCUGAGUGAAUCUGCUAUAGUACAAGAGCGACAAGAGCACCAGAUCCUUUUACAAGAAGUUGAGACUGAUCUUAAGAGCAAAACACAAUUGCUUGAAAAGCAACUUGAGCAAGAACGCGAAAAGACACAGUUGCAGGAAAAGCAACUUGAGCAAGAACGCGAAAAGACACAGUUGCAGCUAGAGGCAAUGGAGGCUAAACUUAGUCAUACUAAACGGGAGGUGGAUGAGCUAAGAAGACAACUAUCAGAAGCUGCAGAGAGAUCGAGAGACGUCAAAAAAGAACAUACACACAAUCACAAGCUGCAAGAACUUGAAACUGAAAAUGCACGCCUCAAGAAGGACCUACAAGAGCUUCAAGAAAGCAACAUACUAAUGAGAAAUCCGAGUGUAUUAAGAAUGGCAGCACGUCGACCCAGCAAUAGGAGAUCAGAAGCCAUCCAGCCUGAGCUCAGGAGAAUUUCAGGACAAGACAUAUGGCUACGAGCUCAAGGCACACAGUAAAUUUUUUUCUGUGAAGUAGAUCUAUAGAGUCGCAGUAAAUGUACUUUUUUCACCAGUCAACAUUUAUAUAGACAUACUUUUUGUACAUGAUUAAUUUACUAAAGCACUUGGUUUAAUAUACCCAUG